AUGGCACAAACACCACUACCACCAAACCAGGAUCCAUCUAGCCCUUUCUACUUACAUCCUACAGACAACACUGCAAAUCAAUUGGUUUCAGUAAAGUUUAAGGGUGAAGGAGAAGCAUAUGGAGACUGGAGAAGAAGCAUGAUGAUUUCCAUGUCUUCUAAGAAUAAACUAGGGUUUGUGAAUGGAACGAUUUCCAAACCUGAUACUGAUGAUGCUACAUACUUAGCCUGGAUGAGAUGCAAUGACAUGAUGAUAUCCUGGUUGCUUUUUAAUCUAGACUCAACCAUAGCUAAGAGUGUGAUGUAUUUCAAUACAGCUAGAGAGAUUUGGUUGGAUCUAGAAGACAGAUUUGGUUUUGUUAAUGGACCACAAUUGUUUGCUUUAGAACAACAGGCUUCUGAUAUUACUCAAGGAACACAAAGUAUUUCAGAAUUUUUCACUGAGAUUAAGUCACUUUGGGACAAACUGAGUGCAGCAAACCCCUUGCCAGUUUGUACUUGUAAUCUGUGCACCUGCAAUUUGACACAGAAGAUCUUUAAGAUGCAGCAAGAUCAUAGACUUAUGCAAUUUCUCAUGAAAUUGAGUGAACAUCUGGCCACAGCAAGGGGAAAUUUACUUAUGAUGCAGCCUCUUCCAACCAUCUCUCAUGCAUAUAGAAUGCUAGCUCAAGAGGAAAGGCAAAGAGAACUCAGUAUACCUACACUCCAACAUCAUGAGAGCCAUGCUUUUGCAGCAGAUAGGAGGAGGUAUAAUGAUUAUCAGAAUAGAGGAAACUACAGAGGACAACAGUCAUAUGGUAGAUCUGGAUAUCAGUAUAACAAUUCUGCAGGAACAGGAGGAAACAAGACUGCAUACAAGAGACCUAACUAUUAUUGUGAUCACUGUAAAGUGAAUGGUCACAGUAUAGAGAGGUGUUUUAAACUACAUGGCUUCCCACCAGGAUUUUCAGGAUUUAAAAAUGAUAAAAGAGUGGCAGCAGCUGCAUAUUCUGAAGAAGGAUACACAGAUGACAUGUUUUCAAAAUAUCAACACCAGCAGAAUGAUAGAGAGCAAUCACAACAACCAACAGGUUUUCUUACUCCUGAACAGUGCACACAACUGUUGAGCCUCCUAAACAAACAACAGAUUGAAAAGCCAACAAAUGCAGAUGUUCAUUUGGAAGAAGCAGAUACUUCAGGGCAUGCAUUUAUGGCAGGUACAACUUAUUGUUUUCUUACUUGUUCACAUUCUAGCUGGUUGUUAGACAGUGGUGCCUAA